UAUAAACCUGAGUGUUUCCGUGCGGCUGGAGGUUUGUGUGAAGCAGCUCCACCGCGGCUCACUACCACAGGACGGCUCACUACCACAGGACGGCUCACUACCACAGGACGGCUCACUACCACAGGACGGCUCACUACCACAGGACGGCUCACUACCACAGGACGGCUCACUACCAUUUUUAAAUUCAACACAUAAAAGUCACUAUGCCUCAUCGCAGCUGCAGUGUGGAGAUCAACAACAACUCAGGAUGCUUCACCCUCACCAACCCCAGAGUGUUCACGGAGAGCGGACACUGUGAGGUGCCCCCUCCCCCGAUGGUGGGACCCUGCUCCAUGGGAUCUGCCAUGUUUAAUAAGACCACGGGGGCCGCUACAGGAGCCGUGGGGGUCUUCACCUACGACCUCUUCAAUACCAACUAUAACGAGUGCAGUAAGGUGUUGGCGGUCAUGUUCUCCGUGCCGUACGACCGGAACCUGUACUCAAACUGGUGCGCGGUGGGCGUGUUCGAGCGAGGGACGGAGUGCGACUACAACCUGUACGACACCAUGUACAACAACAGCGACAACAACUUUGUGAGGGGCCAAGGAGACGGCUCCAGUGUCACCUACGAGGGAGAGAUCCUCAUGGCCAGCGCCUCCAUGUCUGAGAACGGGGAGGCCGUCCUACGGGUGGACAUCAACGACACGGGCAUGGGACAGGGCAUGGGACAGGGCAUGGGGAUGGGCAUGGGGAUGGGUCCAGGGAUGGGGAUGGGACCGGGGAUGGGGAUGGGACCGGGGAUGGAGAUGGGGAUGGGACCGGGGAUGGGUAUGGGGAUGGGUAUGGGCAUGGGGAUGGGCACAGAUAUGGGCAUGGGCCCGGGCAUGUACUGAUGUUUAAUCAGUUCACUGUAGAUAUCACAAAUAUGUCACACCUUAAUAUUAAACUGACCU